UUUAUUUAAUUUUUGUAGAUAAGAACCACCACCGAACUUACAAAUUUGAAAUUCCCAAAGCAAACCAAUUCUCUCAAUGCCUCUUCUUCUCCCUACCUCUUCCUUCAAAACGACAGCCACCGUCGUAAUCGCCGGCGUUUUAUCCGUUGCAACAGCGGUGAUUCUCACCGUACCUUCCGUUUCCCAUUUCGUGGUCUCUUGCUUUCCGAUUAUUUACGAUAACACCGUCUUCCUUGUAAAACCACCGUAUCUUUACUUAGUCAUCAACUGUAUCAUCGUCUGCAUCGUCGCUACUUCUAAACUCACUCAUAAAUCGUCCUCCGUCGAUGGUUCUGAGAUCUCUGAAGUAGUAACUCCGGUUUUGGUACCGGUUCAGUUACCUUCUGAUAUCGAUACCGGUUAUUUAAACGUCGUUCAUGUGGUUUCUGAUUAUACCGGAUUUGUUGAGAAAAUCGAUGACGUGUCGAUUAAUCCAACGGUGGAGGAUGUCCGGAAGUUUCCAGAAGUUCAGGAGGCGGAGAAGUCAAAACCGAGUAGCGAUUCGCCGGAACCGGAGACGGAGAAGCCAAAACUGAAGAAUGAUUCGCCGGAGAUUGCGAUUUUGAAGCAUAGUACGAGAAAACCGCCGAGAUUUAAUCAGCAAAAAUCUCUUAAAUCUAAUUCAGAAGGUGGAAAUAAAAAGACGGCGUUGGGAGUAACAAAGCCACCGAGGAGACAAGACACGCUGGAGACGACGUGGAAGAAGAUAACGGAAGGACGUUCAACGCCGUUAACUAAGCACUUGACUAAAUCUGACACGUGGCAAGAAAGAGCUCACGUGCAAAGCUCACCAGAAAAUAAAGAGGAGAAGAUGACCAAGUCCGAGAAUUUAAAUGACAUUAAUGCCCCUACGGAGGAGGAGGAGGAGAAGGAGAAGUCGGUGUUGAAACGCGAGCCGUCGCCGGGACAGGAGGAGUUGAAUCGGCGCGUGGAAGCGUUUAUUAAGAAGUUUAACGAAGAGAUGAGAUUGCAAAGAUUAGAAUCUUUGGCUAAAUAUAAUGAAAUGGUAAAUGGAGGGACUCGUUUGUAAAUUUUGGAGUUUUUGUUUAGGUGUCGGUGAAGGAGAAAAUGACGGCACAGUCGCAAAAGUUGACUUGACUCUUUUUUAGAACCACUUAAGAGUUUUUUUUCCUUCUUCCAGGAACAAAAUUUCAAGAUACAA